AUGGCAGACAAGGAUCCGGAAGCUGACAGAUCUAACAUUUUCAACAUGAUUGUCCAAGCAGAUCUUGUCGGUUUUAAAGAGGCACUAUCUACGGAGCAAGUAGAUCUCGAGGCUCGAGAUUCAGAAGGCCGAACUGCGCUACACCUUGCUGUUAUUGCAGGGACGGCAGAAAUUUGUCAACAUCUGAUUGACCAUGGCGCAAAUCUGGACAGUUGGACUGGACAAGGUGAAGCAGUAGUGCAUCUGGCUGCGAAGAGGGGAGACGUUGAUAUUCUGCGCACCGUAAUGGAAUCGGUGUCAACGAAAGAUCGGAGCAUUCAGAGCGAAGGUCAACCUUCUAGCGAUAAAAGAGAUCUCAGUGUGCAUGUGGAUUCUCUGACGAAAAAGUACCGGAUGUCACCUCUCUAUAUUGCUGUCGCACUUGCACACGUAACAGCAGCAGAGGCAUUGUUGACCACCUACCAUGCGAAUGCUAACAUCACUGCUGGUGAGGACAACGCCCAGCGGGGUACCCGAAUUGCUCAUGCUCUUGAAGCGGCUAUGCAACACCCUCGAGAUGUUUGUCGCCCUCUGAUAACAAUGUUACUUCAGCACGGUGCAAGCCUGCUUGACCCAUCUGAGAAGACGGUAUCACAGUCGCUCCUCUUGCUAGCUUUGAAACGAGAUGAAGAUGUACUAGAUAUAUUUGCUGAACUCGACAAGCAAAAUUUCAUGGCUUCCAUCACAAAGUCUGUCUGGUUUGAGAUGAUGAGCUGCCUUAAUACACUGACUCUGGCCAUCGAAUCUGGGCUGGAGAACACUGCUUUGAAACUUCUCAAAUACGGGGCCCCACCGCAGGUUGAGUUCAACUCUUCUUUGGACAUCGUUGCUCUCCGCAACCCAUUUGGAAAGAACCCUGAGGAAGCGGCCAAAGAAGAUUUUUGGCAGCCAAUCUUGAAAGCUGCCUCAAAAGAAAUGCCGCGACUAAUGAUCGAUUUAUUAGAUCGUGGAGCAGAUCCUAAUUCCACAUUGACAGACCACCAAGCUCGGUAUAUGCAUCAUCAUCGCGAGUGCCGCACUGUUCUGGAUAUUGUCAAGGCGAAAUUGAUGGAGUUACGUAAUUGGAACAAAGACGAGGAAACGCCCGGUUACGAUAUCAGAGGAACACCAGAGGAAGCAAAACAGAUCAAAGGAAAGGAAAAUGCGGUAUCUCAGCUUAUUAAAGAAUAUGAAGCCGCAGAAGCGAAAUUAGUUUCCAUGGGAGCUAAGAUAUCCGACGGGUUGAACUUGCAGGAACCACCAACCCCAGUUUCUAUCCGACCUCAUAAGAGACUUCAGUUACACGCGCCCAGUUCUUCAGAGGUGGAGACUCAAACACAGAAACACUCGGAAGAGCUCGACUUCAGAAAAAUAGAAACACUGGAGGACGGUCAUCAAGCUCUCCUCACAGCAUGCAGAGAGGGGAAUGCUACACUACUUAAAGCACUCACCCUGGGAAGAUGGGGCCUAGACUUCAAAUUCCCUCCAAUUUUAAUAUCGGCGGUAUCUGGCUAUUCCAAAGGUCCAUUCCUCACCGCCGUGGAGUCCAAAAACUACGACAUAGCCCGUACUGUCGUUCAUAUUGCUACAGUCCAACAGGCUGACCUUGCAGACAACGAGAGGAUUGAUCUAUACAACGUAUUGGCUGAUGAUCAGCACUCAGUUGAAAGCAUCAAAGGCGCCUUAGGAGAGGUCAAGUCCACUGGACCUGCAAAGAAGAUCGUCUUUGACAGUGGCAGUUGCUUCGCGGGUGAAAAACAAAAGGACUUGGAGAUGCUACGAUUCUCAAUCGAAAUGGAAUCUUCGCUUGCGCUUGAACAAAGCGACCUCGACCGCCGCAUCGGACAUGCAUGGGCUCUGGUGGAACAUGGUGAUUGGCCUGAAGCCUUCGAAGAAUAUGUCAGAGAAACCGGUGCACCAUUCAAGCACGUGUUGUCGCCUUUGCUUCAAGCAGCCUGGUCAGGGAACCUAGAUAUGGUACGCUUCUUCCUCAACAAAGAUAGGGCAAUGGCAGCAUACAAGCAUUUCGCAGAGCAUCACGAUUUCACCACUCGUAAGGCUGGCCCUGAGCAAUCUCGUGCAGAAUUUAUAACUGCUGUACAGAAGUGGAUGGAUAGUCGAGAUAAUCUGGUUCUACAUUGUGCUAUCGUCUCUCGAAACAUAGAGCUUGUCAAGUUUGUUUUGUCAGCUCGCCCAGAGUUACUUGAAGUCCAAUCUAUAGACGGGUGGACACCCCUGUUAACCGCCGCAAUCCACCAAAGAAUUCAGGCUCUUCUUAUCCUGCUUGAAGCGGGAGCUAACCCUUUUGCGACUGAUCCCUAUGGCCGCAAUAUGCUUCAUCUUCUUCUAUUUAGCCCAACCGGAAAUUAUGUGGCUGAGCCUGAAAAGCUGGCAUCCGUACUUCGAUCAAUGGAUAGAUCAUUAUUGCAUCAGCUACUAGAGCAACGCUGUAAUGAGAGCCCCGGCGGCCAGACACCACUCGCACGUUUGAUCUCCAAUCGACCCCCACCAGAUGCAGUAUUCACAGCUUUGUUAGAAAUCUCCAAUCCGACGCCACUGAAAAUGCUAGAUGGCGCGGGUUACACUCCCCUCCACAUUGUAACAAAUUCUUCCAUGGAAAAUCUUAUUCGUUCUGUGAUUGAAAAGGCACCUCAUGUCAUGUUCUACGAAGAUCCACAAGGGCGAACACCUCUUGACGUUGCUAUCGAGAAGCAGCUUCACGGGUUUAUAGAGUAUUUCAUGUCAAGCUAUGCACGAACUAAAGAAUACCCAUCGUCUUCUCCGCUUCUUCAUUGGCCGCUAUUUGCAUUCGGUGAGGAUUACUGUGGUCCCAUGCAUACUAGAGAUCCGUAUAGAACAUGGGAAAUCAGUCAGGAACUAGCCAGUUCAUCGGGAUCUCAGCAAUUUCCCCGGAAGCUGGUUUCACAGACUCAACGGGAAGAGAUUGCAAAGUGGUAUGAAUAG